AAAAAAGUUGCUUAUAAGUUUUUUAAGCUUAGCCAAACAUGCUAGCUAAUUAUCAUAAAUGUUUUUCUUCAUAUAUACCUCCAUUUUUUCCUUACUAAUGUCAGAACUCCCUUCCCUUGCUUCAUACAGUUGUGCAAGAAACCCCAACCGCCCACACCGAACAUCAUUUUCCUCUCUUCGGUGAAAAAAUAAAGAAAAUAUAAGCCCAAGAAUUUGCAGAACAAAUCCACCAUGUCUUCCCCAAGCAAGCGCCGUGAGAUGGACUUAAUGAAACUGAUGAUGAGUGAUUACAAGGUUGAGAUGAUCAAUGAUGGAAUGCAAAGUUUUUAUGUGCAUUUCCGUGGACCCAGUGACAGUCCGUAUCAUGGCGGUGUAUGGAAAGUAAGAGUUGAGCUUCCAGAUGCUUACCCGUACAAAGCUCCAUCCAUAGGAUUUCUUAAUAAGAUGUAUCACCCGAAUGUUGAUGAGACGUCGGGUUCAAUUUGUUUGGAUGUUAUUAACCAGACAUGGAGCCCCAUGUUCGACCUGGUGAAUGUAUUUGAAGUAUUUAUACCGCAACUUCUCUUGUAUCCAAAUCCAGCGGACCCACUAAAUAGGGAGGCUGCGGCUCUUAUGAACCGUGAUCAAACUGCUUAUGAGCAAAGAGUUAAAGAAUACUGUCAGAGAUAUGCCAAGCCGGAAGAUGUAGGGACAACCUCAGGGGAGAUAUCGAGCGAUGAGGAGCUAAGCGAAGAUGAGAAUGAUUCUAGUGACGAGGCAGUUGCAGGGCCAGUGGAUCCAUAGCCAUAUUCAGUCUCUUUAAGAAUCAGUAUUCUUACCUUGUUCACCUGGUUUCUGCUUGAAAUUUACUUAACUGCAGAUAUAAUUAUUCAUUGGAAAGGGUGAAAAGAAAAUUCAUGCCCGUUGUUUAUGUAAAUAGAUGCAACGAUAACUUGAUGUGUACCCUUUAUUUCCCAUUUAAGAAAAAAGUGGUCCAAAAACCAUAAGAACAUGCUCUUAGUUAA